AUCUUGGCAGCAUGGAUCGGCAAGGCGCGGGGAAGGGGCGGAGGCUCCCGAGCAUGCAUGUGGCGAUCAAGCCGCGGACAUCGGCCAAGCUCGCCAAGCGCGACGACGACGCGGACCCGUGCUCGCCGAGCGCGUCCAAGGAGCUCAAGCUGCGCUUCGCGCGCCGGGCGGUCGAGAUAGGCACCAAGACCAUCUCGAACGUGUGCGAGCUCGUGCUCGAGCUGCUCCGUGAGCUCCAGGAGGCGUGCACCGAGUUCCCCGUCGCGCUCCGCGCCAACUGGAUGGAAGAGGUGCUCGGCCUGCCGCGACGCCGCAUCUACGACGUCUUGCACAUCCUCCAAGCCAUCGGGCUCGUCACCAAGCGCGUCUCGUCCGACGGGCUCACCGGCCACGGCCACAUGUUCUACGGCGACUACUUUGUCGUACCAACCGUGCGCAGCAUGCUCGAGCUCCAGGAGAACAACGUGCCCUUGAACGACGCUGCCGCCGACGACAAGUGGCCAGCGCUCUCGCUGGCGACCGUCAAGUUUAUCAAGUUUCUGCUCUUGAAUGGGAACGCGAUCCGGCGCCACCUCAUCCACACGAUCGAAGACGAGAAGCCGACGGCCGCGAUCCCGGCCUCAAAGGGCCGACGCAUGUACGACGUCCUCGCCGUCCUCGUGCAGUGCAACAUUGUCUGGACCAACACGGACAUGGGCGUCAAGUACAUCUACUUGAACCGAGACGUGCUCAACCCCAAAGCCAACUUUAGCGUCUUCCGCGACCCGGACGCGCCGCCGACCGCAGUCGUAGCGCCCAAGAAGCGCGCGCGCAAGGAGCCGCCGCCCGCCCGCCGCACGAAGCACCGCCCGGCCUGCGACGAGACGCUCACGGGGCUCUUUGGCGGGUGCCAAUGCGGCUACGCGCCCGAGCUCGCGUCACCGGACGCGCAGUGGCAGUCGCUUCUGACGCUCGGCGCGUCGAUCGUCGACGCGUGGAGCACGCGCGACCGGGAUUGUCUCUCGCUCGAGUGCUACGAAGGCGUAGCGUCCGUCGACGACUUUGUCUGA